CCAACCAUCGUAGACACCGUUGAAACAACGGAGUCAACGAAACACAAAAAGUCAAUGUUGGCAAACAUCAUACGAACCAUCAUGAUUUCUGACAGCAUUCACCCCAUUUAUAAAUCAAAUUCCAACUUUCAAAACCUGCAAUCGUCACCAACUUCAUCUACACCAACUAACAAUCGCUUACCAGUUCAAAGCUUUUCAUUUUUUACUCAUUCAUACCCCAUCAUCAAAAGUUUACUGAAGAACAGUCAACAAUUGUUAUCCAAUCACACAACACCCUCAACCACCCUCUUAAUUGUCAAUGGAUAUCUUUACGCGUACCCAUCUGAACACAGUGCAAGGAGAAUGUUUCUUGGCUUUUUAAAAUUGUGUGCACGCAAGCUGUUUGAUAAAAUGCCUCUUUGAAGUGGUAAAUUUUCUGGCUUUGAAUUUUGGGGUGUUGAACUCUUGUUUGGUGAAGAGGAUCUUAUCUAACUUUUGGGAUUUAAUUGCAGUCUUAUUUGGGAUAAGAAAGUAUAUACUUUGAGCAAAAUUUGGAUAUUGGUGUCUACACAGCAUUUUACAGAUGUUACAGAUGUCAGAAUUAAGGUUUUUGUGGUCCAGAGUGUUCUGUGCCAUGUGUUUGUUGCUUGUUGCUGUAGAUUGUCAAUCUACUCAUCCUACAGAAGUGACAGCACUGCGGCUUAUUAGGGAAAGUUUUAAUGAUCCAAACAGUCUCAGUAGUUGGAGACGUGGAGAUCCGUGUGUAUCAAAUUGGACCGGGGUCUUGUGCUUCAACACAACCCGCGAUGACGGUUUUCUUCAUGUCCGAGAACUGCAGCUACUGAAUUUGAAUCUUGAAGGAACUUUAUCUCCCGCUUUAGCGCAAUUAUCUUAUAUGGAAAUAUUGGAUGUCAUGUGGAACAAUAUAACCGGGAGUAUACCAAGAGAAAUCGGCCAACUUACAAAUUUGAGACUUCUGUUGUUAAACGGAAACGAGUUAACCGGUUCAUUGCCAGACGAGCUCGGUUACCUCCCGAAUUUGGACCGAAUACAAAUCGAUCAAAACCACAUAUCUGGACCGAUACCGAAGUCAUUUGCGAAUUUGAACAAGACAAUGCACUUCCAUAUGAAUAAUAAUUCGCUUAGUGGGCCGAUCCCUCCUGAGAUAUCUAGAUUGCCAAUGCUUGUUCACAUGCUGCUUGACAAUAACAAUUUAUCGGGCCCGCUUCCUCCAGAGCUCAGUGAACUGCCAAGACUUCUUAUACUCCAACUCGACAACAACCACUUCGAUGGAACUAUACCUCCCUCUUAUGGCAACAUGACUCGGUUGUUAAAGUUGAGUUUGAGGAAUUGCACCUUGCAAGGACCGAUUCCCGAUCUUAGCAGGAUACCAAGUCUUGCUUAUAUAGACCUCAGUAAUAACAAUCUCAAUGGAUCCAUACCCGACAUGAAUCUUUCGGAUAACAUCACAACAAUAGAUCUGUCAAGGAAUCAGCUUACGGGAACUAUUCCUCCCAGCUUUUCCGGCCUUCCUAAUCUACAAAGAUUGUCUCUUUUCAACAAUUCAUUAAAUGGCACGGUUCCAUCCGGUAUUUGGCAAAACAGGACUUUAAAUGCAACUGAUCAACUUAUCUUGGAUAUGCAAAAUAAUAAUAUUUCAGGCGUUUCAGGCAGCCUUGUCCCCCCUCGAUAUGUCAACCUUAGCCUUCAAGGAAACCCUGCAUGCUCGAACGCCACCAACGCGUUAAAUUACUGCGGAUCAUCACUAGCAUUAGUCAGCCAUCUGCAGAGCAUCCCGUCAAACUCAACCGACAACUGUCUAGUUUCAUGCCCACCUGACUACGAAUACGCUCCGGGGUCACCUACACCAUGCUUCUGUGCGGCCCCGCUUCUGAUCGGUUACCGGUUAAAGAGCCCCGGUUUUUCAGAUUUUCAGGCAUACUUCUACUCAUUUGAGGUUUAUUUAACCGAUGGUUUAAGAAUAAAGCAGUUUCAACUAGAUCUUACUCAUGAAUGGCAAAAGGGUCCUCGGUUACGAAUGUAUUUGAAGCUUUUUCCUGAAUAUACGGGAAACGGUUCUAACGUCUUCAAUACGAGUGAAGUCCUUAGGAUUCGAAGCUUGUUCACUCAGUGGCGGAUUCCAGAUAGUGAAAUAUUCGGACCUUAUGAGCUGAUUGAUUUCACAUUAGUGGGUCCUUACAGAGACAUUAUUCCUCCCCGCUCUUCUUCUAAUGGGAUAAGCAAGGGUGCGGUUGCAGGCAUUGUGGUCGGGGCUAUCGUUGGUGCAGUUCUAUUAUCUGCACUCGCGUCACUUUAUAUCUUACGAAUGCACCGGAAGAAAUAUUAUGCAGUUUCAAAAAGACGUCGCGUUUCAAGGGCGUCACUUAAAAUUGAAGGAGUGAAAAGCUUCACUUACGAAGAAAUGAAACGUGCUACAAAUAAUUUUGACGUUCAUAGUGAAGUUGGGCAGGGUGGGUAUGGAAAAGUAUACAAAGGUAUCUUUACUGACGGGACAGUUGUCGCUAUUAAACGGGCCGAGGAGGGAUCACUACAGGGUGAAAAAGAAUUUCUUACUGAAAUAGAGUUAUUGUCUAGAUUGCAUCAUAGAAAUUUGGUUUCUUUGCUUGGGUUCUGUGAUGAAGAAGGCGAGCAGAUGUUGGUUUAUGAGUUCAUGUCUAAUGGCACUCUCAGAGAUCAUUUAUCAGAAAAGUAUAAAGAAUCCUUGAGUUUUGCUAUGAGGUUAAGAAUUGCAUCGGGUGCAUCCAAGGGCAUUCACUACCUACAUUCCGAAGCUAAUCCACCGAUAUUUCAUAGAGAUAUAAAAGCCACAAAUAUCUUAUUGGACUCGAAACUCAUCGCAAAGGUUGCUGAUUUUGGACUUUCACGACUCGCUCCAGUUGCUGACAUGGAAGGAAUUGUCCCUGGCCAUGUGUCGACAGUCGUUAAGGGAACUCCAGGUUACCUAGACCCAGAAUAUUUCUUAACGCAUAAACUCACAGACAAAAGUGACGUUUAUAGUUUGGGUGUCGUUUUUCUUGAACUCUUGACUGGGAUGCAUCCCAUAACACAUGGCAAGAACAUCGUUCGCGAGGUUAAUAUUGCAUAUCGAUCAGGCAUGAUAUUCUCAGUGAUUGAUGCAAAAAUGGGAUCUUAUCCAUCUGAAUGUGUGGAAAAGUUUGUGACUUUAGCGCUCAAAUGUUGUCAGGAAGACACGGAUGAACGACCAUCAAUGGCUGAGGUUGUCCGGGAACUUGAAAACAUCUGGCACAUGAUGCCAGAAUCUGAGACACAUUCGCAAACCCAUGAUUACAUGGGUGGUACCAAAUCGGGGAAAAAUGUGUCUUCUAAUGAAUCGUCAUCUUCUACGACGAAAAAUCCUUAUGUUUCUUUCGAUAUUUCGGGCAGUGAUCUUGUUAGUGGUGCUGUUCCUUCAAUUGCACCUAGAUGAACCGGAAUAUACACAACUUUGUAUUUGUAUAGUUGUAUUUCAAGUGAGUUGGUAUUUAGGGGUAUACGAUAAACAUGAUGAUGAAUAGUUUUGGAAAUAUGUAUUUACAAUAUCUGUAUACAUGUAUUUGGGAUUUUUAUUAAAUGGUGAAUCGAACUUAACACGUAUUAUAUUAGGGAGUA